AUGAUCCGGGUGAUGAAGGACCUGUCCCCGGCCCCCGGGGCCCCGCCGCUGCAAAAGAAGCUGGCACCGGGCCUGCCCCCCGCCGACCCGCUGCUGCCCGGCCUGGGCAGCCCCCAGCUGGGCCCCAACGCCACCACCACCGGCUUCUUCUACCCGCUGCCCGCCUCGGCCCCCUGCCUCUACGCCACCCCGCAUGGACCGGACGCCAGAGCCGCCCGCUGCCCGCCCUCCGGACGCCUGCCGGCCAAGAGGAAGUUGGAUCUGGAGGGGAUCGGUCAGCAGGGUCUGCCCGGGUUCCGGACACCUAAGGGCAAGCACAGUCCGGCGCCCGGACUGCCCAGCCCCAAGACCCCCAAGUCCCCCGGGGAGAAGACCCGCUACGAUACGUCGCUGGGGCUGCUGACGAAGAAAUUCAUCCAGCUGCUGAGCGCCUCGGACGACGGCGUGCUGGACCUGAACCGCGCGGCCGAGGUCCUGGAGGUGCAGAAGCGCCGCAUCUACGACAUCACCAACGUGCUCGAGGGCAUCCAGCUCAUCCGGAAAAAAUCCAAAAACCACAUCCAGUGGGUGGGCACCGGGCUCUUCGGGGACUCGACGGCGGUGAGGCAGCAGCAGGCGCUGAGGCGGGAGCUGAGCGGGUUGAACGCGGCCGAGCGCUCGCUGGAUGAGCUCAUCCAGGCCUCCACCACCCGACUGAAGGACCUGACCGAGGACCCAGAAAACCAGAGGCUGGCCUACGUGACCUACCAGGACAUCCGGGCCAUCAGCAACUUCAGGGAACAGACGGUGAUCGCCGUGAAGGCCCCCGCCGAGACCCGGCUGGAGGUCCCGGACCUCGAUCAGGAGACUCUCCAGAUCUACCUGAAGAGCACCAAUGGGCCCAUUGAGGUGUACCUGUGCCCCGAGGAGGUCUCGGACGAGAGCCCCAGCCCCGCCAAGGACAGCGAGGACCGGCCCGGCGCCUGCAAGCCUCAGCCCCCCGAGCCGCCCGCCACGGAAGUUGACCCCCCGAAGCUGGAGCUGCCCGGCUCCCUGCUGGACGUGGACAUCGGACUGCUGGACCUGCCCCAGAGCCUGCUGCCCCAGACGGAGGACCAGUUGGUCUUCGGGGGCCCCAUGACCGUUUCUCCCCCCCAGCUCGACCACGACGAUUACCUGUGGGGGCUGGACGAGGGCGAGGGGGUCAGCGACCUCUUCGAGUCCUACGACCUCGGGGACCUUCUCAAGAACUGACCGAGACCCUCGAGUGACUGAUGGGCGGGACGGUCUGGCCCCGGGCCCUUUCCUUGGCGGGUCAUGGUGGGUGGGCUGCCCCUGGUUCGUGCCCUCCCCUUCCCCCUGACCUGUUCCCGGGUGGGAGCCUGCACGUAGCCUGCCGGAGGAUGGGUUGGUCCUCUUCUCGUUCCAGGGGGCUUGGGCCGGGGAGGGGUUAGAGCCCCUGCCGGGACCCACGGUGCACUUAAUACUUCUUAUUUAUUUAGAGUUGAAGAUUUGGGUUUGUGUCAUGAGCGGGUGGUAGCCCCUGGGGCCCGCCCCAAGCCUCUGCGCUCUCCUUCCCACCCAGUCGGCUCGCCCGUGGAGCGGGGAAGGGGUCAGCUCCUUCCAGGACUCUCUACCUUUUGGGCGGCCGCGGGGCAGGGUACCCAGUCACCCGGCCUGGACCGAGGGGACGGGAAGCUUAGGCCAGUCUGUGGCCACGCAGACCGGGAGGAAGGCCA